GCAUGCACCUUUAUACUUAAUUUUGCUCAGUAUGAAAAGAUGGCUCGUCAACCAUUUGCUCUUCGUAGACUAUUUGGAAAUAAGAAGUCCUGCAACAUGGACAAAAAUUAAAGUUAGCUUUUUCAAGUGCACAAAAGUAUUCAACAAGUAGGUAGUAGUGCAAAAGUAAACAGAAUUCAACAGAUUGACCGGAAGUUACAGAAUUCUCGUGAAAACAGCAAUAACGAGACUGCAGUCUCCAGAUUUCACGCUACGGCGCUAUGUGAAUAUGAAUGAAAAAUCUAUCGACAUGGUGAUCGAUCGAAUUUAAGAAAAUCAAGAGAACAAUCGAUUCUUUUGGAAGGAAAAGUCAAGUCAUCGAUUCUUCGGUCGAUUAUCGCCAAUGCUGACGACUAGCGUCUGCUUUACGUUGCGAACGCUUUCGUGCGCUUAAGGAAAGAAUACGAUUGGUCUGUACGGUGUUUCGAGGCAUUUACAGCGUGAAAUGGAGCCUUGCUUGUAAAACAAUAUUCUGAUUGGUCUCUCGGCUUAGUUUACGUCUUACAUUUACGGUUGCAGGAAUUUAUACGCUAUGGCCCUCAUUCCUUGGCGCGAGAAAGAGGCGUGCGAUUAACGUUCUGUAAUAGUUCGCUACUGAGAUCGCGAGUCCUCCCCGGCGCGUAGCACGAUGACCAGGUCUAAAAUAGAGCUGGGAGAUGUGACACCUCACAACAUAAAGCAACUGAAAUUACUCAAUCAGGUUGUAUUCCCGGUGUCGUACAAUGAAAAGUUCUACAAAGAUGUACUGGAAGCUGGGGAACUUGCCAAACUAGCAUAUUAUAAUGAUAUAGUGGUUGGAGCAGUUUGUUGCCGUGUAGAUACCUCGGAAAAUUCUAGGCGUUUAUACAUAAUGACACUCGGUUGUCUCUAUCCGUAUAGGAGAUUAGGAAUCGGCACUGUUAUGGUGCAACAUGUUUUAAACUAUGUUAACAAGGAUGGAAACUUUGACUCAAUCUUCCUACAUGUUCAAAUAAGUAACGAAGGGGCAAUUGACUUUUAUAAGAAAUUUGGAUUUGAAAUUGUCGAGACUAAAGAACAUUAUUACAAGAGAAUAGAACCGGCGGACGCGCACGUAUUACAAAAGACGUUACGUCCUCGAGCAAAUCAAACGAAUCAUCAAACCGUCAACUAAUAAGUAGCAUUGUUCAUUAGCUUAUCUUUUCCACAAUUUAGGAUUACGUAUUUCCAUGUUCCGUCAAUAAAUUCGUUUUGUAUUA